AUGGGAUUUGAAGCUAUAGUUCCAGAAUGGGCAUCGGAGCCUUGCAUAAUGGGAAUCGACGAAGCCAGAAGAGGUCCCGUUCUUGAUCCUAUGGUCUAUGGCUGUUUAUACUGUCCUCUCUCCUACAAGAAAACCCUAGCUACUUUGAGUUUCGCCGAUUCUAAGACUCUGAAAGAGGAGAAGAGGGAAGAAUUGUUUGAAGCUUUGAAACACAAUGAUUCUAUUGGAUGGGUUGUUGAUGUUAUUGAUCCAAAGGAACUCUCUUCUAAAAUGCUCAAGAAGAAUAAGAUUAACUUGAAUGAGAUAUCACAUGACUCUGCUAUGGGCCUCGUUGAUCGGGUCCUCAAAAUCGGAGUGCUUCUAACCGAGGUUUAUAUUGAUACGGUUGGAGAUCCUGGGAAAUAUGAAGCAAAGAUGUCUAAAAAUUUCCCAUCUAUCAAAUUUGUGGUUGCUAAGAAAGCUGAUAGUCUUUAUCCUGUUGUGAGUGGUGCAAGUAUAGCUGCAAAGGUUACGAGAGACCGAGCCGUAAGAGAUUGGGUGCUCGAUGAGACUGUUGAUAAUAUACAUAGGAACUUUGGUUCUGGAUAUCCGGGAGAUCCUGCAACCAAGUCUUGGCUAGAAAAUCACAAACAUUCUAUCUUCGAUUUUCCAACAUUGGUCCGGUUUAGUUGGGGAACUUGCAGUACUUAUUUUAAAAGUGGUGCUGAAGUUUUAUGGUAA